AAGUCGUGCCGAAUUUAAUGAGACUCGACUUUCUAGGGAAAGCUAAUGCAUAAUCAAUUAUCCUCUCCCGAGCGAAACUGUUUCAUCCUGAAAUUCCUCUUUUGCACGUACCGCAGUCCUCCCACUUAGCAGAGCCUAAGAGCCCAAGCCUGCCUCUUUGCUUUUCGUGCGUCUCACUUUCGAGUUGUAAAUCGAAGCGGAGAGUUCCUUUUUUCGACAGGAUGUCCAGAAGUCCGAGGAUCCCAGCCUCCCUGGCGUUCGUUAUCUCGUUAAUUAUCAAACAGGCCUGCCAGUCGAUGGUUGUCAGCGCUAACGUCAUAGACAUCUUCAAGGCGGCCUACUAUGACCCCAAGAGCGGCGUGGCUUUCCAGGGCCAGCUGGAGGACGCGGGGAGACUUCCGUUCACGAGGAUUGGCUUCGGAGGACUUCCUUGCGCUUGUCAAGAUCUCAGCUGUGGAUGCUGCGUUGGGAUAAACAUAACUACGAUUAAAUUCGAUCGGAGAGCCUGUACGAACUUCACCUAUGACCCCGACGAAUUCUCGAUAAGAAUGGACGUGACCAUGAACGAGAAGCAGAUCUUCAGCAACGGGAUAUCCGCUAAAAAUCCACCGCCCCUCUGCAUGCCCCUUCCGUACGUCCCGGCUAUUGAUUUCUGCAUCAGAUUCUACGACGUAUUUACACCAGGAAACAAUUUACACGCCUGCGUGGAUUUCGAAACCCGGAUCGUCCAGUCGCCAGUUUUGAUUUUCCAUUUUGAUUGCGUAAAAAUGGGCUACGAUGGGCUUGCCUGGAUUAAGCCGGAAGGAAGUAUUGCGGCCAUUCAGAAGCCGGGCAUUGCUGGCGUCUCCGCGGAACCGGAAGUCUACGACGAGGUUCACUUUGAACAGCAGGAUCCGGAAGCGCUACUACUUGCCAACAAAACGACGACCCUAAGUCCCGAGGAUGAGGACAAGAUCGGCCAGCUGAAACUCUAGUGUACAUCACUUUUUUAUUCAUGCUUUAAUACCUUAUUGUCGUGCUGUCUUACAUUAAAAUCACAUUUUUCUUCA